UAAAUAUAAAAAAAAAUCAAUUUACAAAAAGUUUUUUUUUAAAUAUCUCUAAAAAUGAAAGAGUUAGACAUAAGUUACUACCUAUUUCAAAACUUACAGAAACAGUCCGCAAGUAAGAGUUUCAUUGAAAAUCUAAGCAAAUGGAGUUCAAAUUUUGAAGAAGCAGAUCCACUUUUAAGAUAUGAACAAAUGAAACAGUAUGAGGAUGACAGUCCAAUUGAAUCCUCUUUCGAUGAUUUCACUAAUUAUUCAAAUGCUUGGAAUAUACGACGUUCAACUGUUUUGAAUAAAUUUACUACUGGAGAAAAAUUAACAAUAGUAAGCAGCUUUCUGCCCGGAGGUGAAAAAACCCUUUUCAGACAGGUAUCAAAUUUAAAUGAAAAAGUUAAACAUAGGCUUGAACAACUAGAUGACUUUGAAGAAGGGUCUGUGAGAAAAACAAUGGGUUUGAGCCAACAAGAGUUUAUAAUGAAGAUUAAUGUGCUUAAUGAUGAGAUCAAAAAGGCAUGGGAAUCAGAGCAAAGAGUGAAGGCAUUUAAAAUUGGAAUCCAAUGUUCCAAAAUGCUUUCUGAUGUGAAUGUUAUGCAGUUCUACCCAAGUAAAUUUGUAUUGAUAACUGACAUACUGGAAACAUUUGGCAUUUUAGUAUUUGAUAGACUAAAAGAAAAAAGUUACAAACAAAAUGUUAUAAAAGAUAUAAACGACAUUGACCCCAGCUCAAUACCAGAAAGUGCAAAAGAGACUUGCCAGAACUGGCUAUUUAAAAUGGCGUCAAUCAGAGAAUUGCUGCCGCGUUUGUAUAUGGAAAUGUCGUUAUUGAAAUGUUAUGUCUUUUUAUCCAAAAAUGAAAUAAAGCCUACUAUUGCUAGGUUGACCAUCAUGAUAAGAGGAAUAGGAAAUCCAUUAGUGGCAGUGUAUUUACGUAAUUAUUUAUGUACAAUCGCUGCAAAACUACUAGGCAAAGAAAGUGAAGAAUUUUUUUAUAAUAACUUGAAAGAAUUUCUAGACGAGUAUCAACAGAUUUUCCACCCAAUGAUGAAAAAGAAAUAUGAAGUCCAAUUAUUUACUUUGGAUAAGUAUUUGAACCUUUAUGUACCAGCAGUUGAUUGGUUAUUAUUUGGUACUCUUAACUCUAAUAAAUGCAAACUAACUCUUUUAGAGGAAUUGCUUCAGCAAUGUGAAAAGAUGGAAAAUUUCGAAUUACUUCUUUUCUGUCUUGUACACGCUUUUGAUUCAGAAAGUGUCAUAAAAAAGGCCCCAAAGAUUUUGGAACUGGUUCAAAAAUCUGCAGAUAAAAUGGUUAUGAUAGGUGACAUAUUAACGUCACUCGGCGAACAUCUGUGCAAUGCUGAAAACAAUCGGCAAUUAGCACCGGAGGCAUUAAUUCAAACUUGGUGGAAAAUAGCAAGUAGCAUGAAAUCUACAUUUCAUUUCCUUCAAGUGUUAGAACCAUGGAUACAAUUCGCAUGUACACACUUAUCGACACAACACGUUAAUAUUAUACUGAGGGGCACAAUACGUUAUAUAAUAAAAUGUGGCAAGCCAGCUGACGAAUUUUCCGGUAACUUUCAAUUUGUUAUCAAGAGAAUGCUCAAAUCAAUUCCUGAUGUGGAAGAAUUGUUUUUAAUGGACGCCUUCAUGCCGCUUGUGGAGUUGGUUCAAACGUCCAGUGCUCGUACAAUGAUGGCCAAAACAGUACUAUCCAUUUUCUUCUCAAGAUUUAUCUCUGUCACCAUAGAGGACCUUAUAAUAAUUUCAAGUUUAAUGAGACUCUGCUGCAUACUGCACGAUUCUAUAAAUGCAGUGACUGUGGAGGACGAGAGUAAAGCAUGCGCAGAGUUGAUAAACAAAUUUAUUCAGGCCGUUAACUAUGAAGAUGACUUAGAACAACAGCUUAAUUUUUACGUGGAGUGUAGGUCCGCGUUCAUCAAACUAGACGCCGUUCUCGUGGUCUUAGUUUAUGCAGUGAAUAGGUUAGCGGCGCGCACUGGGUCACGGGGCGCGGGUGUGAGUGGGGUGGGGGGUGGUGGGGCGCGAUGGUUGCAGCGCGCGUGCGCAGCGUACUGCUUCGUAACGGUACCGUCGUUACACUGUGCGCUAACACGUGCUCAUCUCUACCUGCUCUCUGGGCAGGUGGCGCUGCUCAACAACUGCAUCGGUCAAGCUGAAGCAAAUUUUAAAGCCCUGGUUGGACUUAUACCAGACAUUCCUGAAUUCAUAUUAGAAGACAACCAAAGAAAACCUACGCAUAUUAAAGUCAGCGGGAUCAUAAGCGAUUUUCUGUCCACAUUACUCAUCUUGCCUGACAACAUGGACACAAAUUGUAAAGCGUACGUAUUGAGUGGUUUCAUAAAGAUGAUAGAGAGGAUACAUUGGAGUAAAUCGGACCCCCUUUAUUAUAACACACUUUUACGCAUUCUGGAUUUACUGUGUGAAAUGACACAAGACACAUACGCGUAUCACAUUGAAGCUGUGCUCUCUAACGAUAAACUAUAUGGCUCCGAAGAGGAAUUCAUACAGGUAUUAGACAAACAUGCCACAAACAUAUGUCAGGAGUUGCUCGUGGUUUUGAAGAUGCUUGGAGAUGCCAAGGAAACGAAAAAACAGUACAAUCUAGCUCUGGAAUUGUUCUGGCGCGUGGUGAGGCGCGGAGAUCUAAGCAAGGCACCAAUGCUCAGUCUGGCCGCUAACCUGUGGAUUCUAUCACAAAAAUUGCAAGAUUCUAAUAAUAAAAUGGCCAUAUCGAUAUUAACAGCAUUGAAAAAUGACCCGGCUAGUCAAGUAUUACUAAGAAAAUUGGAGGAAACUACUUAG